UGGUGCGUGAGAUGAAGCGACGGACGAUGACACGGACGUACCAUGUGUCCACCACGCUGGAUUGCUCCUGACUAACAUCGGCCAAAAAUUCAUCACUGCAGCUCUCAGCGGAUGGACUGACUGACUUGCUCUUUUGCUUCUUAUCAGCCGCCGUCAUGGAGGAACCACAGAGGAAAAAGAGUCAACGGCACGAGGGCGCCAAGCCGAGAAAGGUGAGGUUCAAGCUGGCGUCGUCUUACAGCGGCCGCGUGCUCAAGCACGUGUACGAGGACGGGCAGGAGCUGGACAGCCCAGAGGAGAAAUACCCUCACAGCUUCCUCGGCGGAAAUAUGGCACCGCCUGGCCACCUGGGGGUGGAGCAGCUUUGCGGCUAUGACCGGCCUUUGUCGGCCCAGCAGGGUGUCAAUGCUCCAACAGGGCUCAUCGCCCAGAGAAUAAACGUGUACAGAGGACCGGGAGGCUACACGGCUGCUGUGGGCCAAAACCGCCAAGCAGAUGGAGACGCCGACUCGUCGGUGUUGGACUUCGGGAAGAUCAUCAUCUACACCAGCAACCUGCGUGUGAUACGAGCACCGAUGAAGAAGGCUGAAAUGUUGCGCCACUACACGGCGCCCCCUGUGGCCUCGGAGGGCUAUCUGCAGGCUCGUGAACGCGGCAGCAGGAGGCGACCUAAAGCUCUUUGUAGGCAGGAGGGAGAUCAGAAACAGAUGACACACACCGAGAAGACAGGUAGCUGCCGUCAUUGCGGCGGCUCGGGCCUCACCCCGUGCUCGCUGUGUCACGGCAGCAAGCUGUCCAUGCUGGCCAAUCGAUUCAACGAGUCCAUCAGCGAGCUGCGUUGCCAGGCCUGCUACCCUCACGGCCUGGAGAGGUGCCAGUCAUGCGCCGCAAAUUCGCCAUGUUUGGACAACACCACCACGACCAGCCGUGCCUGGCCAGCCACUCAGUGAAAGCUGGUGGUGGUUUAAAGAGGCACACGCAUAAUAAGCCAUGGCUGAAUAGGAGAAUUACUGUAAGUACACAAUCUGAAUACAUUGAAUGCGUACUGGGAAUGUAAUCCCUUUUUUUUAUUUUGUUGUCUUUAAUUAAAAUGAUGCAAACAUUAAGAAUUGUAUUUUUACCUAACAGGAAAGCAUCCCAUUCAUUGGUUUAAUCCUUCCAUUCUUAUCUGUCUGCAGCAGAACAUUAUUUUUUAUUUUUACCUACAGUACGCUUAUGUAUCGCAUGUAUGAAGAAAAGGGUUGUAGACAAAGUUUCAUGUUAAAAUAAUAAUAUAAAUAUUAAAAAAAUAGUCAUUAUUAUCCUCUCAUGUUCAUCUGAUUGGCAGCCACCUUGUCUCUGAAUCUCAAACAAUAUUUUGUCAAAAAGACAUAUUUGUAAACAUACCACUACUGAUAUAUUUCUUAUAGAUCAGGUAAGCAAAAGCAGAUCAGGAACAGGGAUCUCAAACUCAAUUUACUUGGGGGGCCACUGGAGCUAGGAUCAGGGUGAGACUGGGCCGCAUCAGUUUUUAAAAAAAAACAAAAAAACGCAUUUAUUAAAAACAAAAAAAUUAAAAAAACUUUGCUUUGCUUCCGAUUUUCUACAAUAAAAGCUCUGAUAAAACAUUCCACUGUUCUCAAAUAUCUUACUUUUUAUUUUUCUACACAAAAUAAGAUGAAAAAUAAAUAAACAAAUCAAGAAUAAAGAAAAUCAAUCAAUCAGUAAUAAAUAAAUAAAUAUAAU